ACAUACUCCAGCUGCUACAUCACUGUCACUGUCUCGCUUCCUCUCAUCUUUCAUUUUCAUCGCAUGUCUAGUAGGUUGUAACUGGGCGGCGCUACAGAGCGAGGAAGAGAUGUGAGUAAAGCAGUGAGGAGGAAGCGCAAAUAACCAAAAGAGACGAAGCAACAAGACCCGCUAGAAAACCUCUGAGCAGAUUUUACUGACGACCGCCGCUCCUCGCAAAACAAAGGGCGGCGUCUGCAGAAGGAGGAUACCGGGGUUCACCCGAGCUUUAACUUCAUCCGCAUCCUUACACUGUGUCAGAGCGGAAAGCAUCCACCCCCGCCCCGCUGACCCAGAAAGUAAACAGUUGUCUGGCAGAUGGAGAAGCAGGCCGGAGCGGCGGACGGAGCAGGGCCGAACAGAAACCCCUGGGGCUCUCCAACCAACGGAUCAGGCGCCGGUGAUGCCGGGGACAGUCCAACAGGUUCUCACGUAGAGUGGUGUAAACAGCUGAUAGCAGCCACCAUCUCCAGUCAGAUCUCAGGAUCGGUCCAACCAGACUUUGUGAACAGAGACAACAAGGCUGGGAGAAGACCAGAUUUCAUGGUGUCCAAGAGGCUGAAUCCCAGGCAGGAUUCACAGGAUGAAGGGAUUUGUCACUAUGGAGAAAGUGAUUCUGAGCAUCCUUCCAAUGCUUUGAACCUUUCGGCUCUGAGAUACGGAGCACAGGUCAAAAUGUUCCAGAACCAAGUUCCUCUGCUGCCGGGGGAGACCAUCAACACCACAGUGAAAGAUGUGAUGUAUAUCUGUCCAUUCAGUGGUCUGCUUAAUGGGACCCUGACCAUCACAGACUACAAGCUGUAUUUCACCAGCGUGGAAAAGGAGUCUCACUUCGUCCUUGAUGUGAACCUGGGAGUCAUCAGCAGACUGGAGACCAUCAGUGUUCCCAACCAGGGAGAGAACACCAAAGGACUGGAGCUGGUCUGCAAGGACAUGAGGAGUCCCAGGUUUGCCUAUAAAACAGAUGAAAGCCAGCCAGAUAUAGUGGAGGUGCUGAAUAAACAUGCUUUCCCUCUUUCGCACAGCCUGCCGCUGUUUGCCUUCCUGUACAAGGAGCAGUUUCCUGUGGAUGGCUGGAAGGUGUUUGAUGCAGCAGCCGAGUACAGACGUCAGGGUCUACCUAAUGAAAGCUGGACCAUCAGUAAGAUCAACAGCACCUACGAACUAUGUGACACCUAUCCCUCCAUCCUGGUCAUCCCCACUAACAUCACAGAUGACGACAUCAAGCGAGUGGCGUUGUUUAGAGCCAAGCACCGCAUACCGGUCUUGUCCUGGAUCCAUCCAGAGUCUCAGGCCACCAUUGUGCGCUGCAGCCAGCCAUUGGUUGGACCUUCAGACCGGCGCUGUAAAGAAGACGAACAUUUCCUCCAAAUCAUCAUGGAUGCCAAUGCUCAGUCCCACAAGCUCACCAUAUUUGAUGCCCGGCAGAGCAGCGUGGCCAUUACCAACAAGGCAAAGGAUGGAGGGUAUGAAAGUGAAAGCUUCUACUCCAACGUAGAACUGAACUUCCUGGAAAUCCCAAACAUCCAUGUGAUGAGGGAGUCUCUAAGGAAGAUGAAGGAUGUAGUUUAUCCAACCAUAGAUGAAGCCCAUUGGCACUCUGCGAUUGACCAGACACACUGGUUGGAGUAUAUACGGCUGUUAUUAGCAGGAGCAGCAAAGAUAGCAGAUAAGCUGGAGUCUGGGAAGACGUCGGUGGUGGUUCACUGCAGUGAUGGCUGGGACAGAACUGCUCAGCUCACUUCUCUGGCCAUGCUGAUGCUGGACAGCUACUACCGCACCCUCAGAGGCUUCCAGGUUCUGGUCGAGAAGGAGUGGAUCAGCUUCGGACACAAGUUUUCUGCUCGGGUGGGUCACGGUGAUGAGAAUCAUGCGAACUCGGAGCGCUCACCUCUCUUCAUCCAGUUCAUUGACUGCGUUUGGCAGAUGAGUCGACAGUUCCCAGCAGCCUUUGAGUUCAAUGAGCUGUUCCUGAUCACAGUGCUGGACCACCUCUACAGCUGUCUAUUUGGUACAUUCCUCUACAACAGUGAGCAGGAGAGGAUGGCCAAGGAGGUUCAGGCUAAGACUGUGUCCCUGUGGUCCUACAUUAACAGCCAACCAGAGGACUUCACCAACCCUUUCUAUGUGGACUAUGAGAACCAUGUUUUGUAUCCACUGGUUUCCUCCAGACACCUGGAGCUGUGGACCAGCUACUACGCCCGCUGGAACCCACGCAUGAGACCACAGGUGCCGGUGCAUCAGACACUGAAGGAAAUGCUGAUCUUAAGAGCAGAGCUCCAGAGGAGGGUGGAGGAGCUGCAGAGAGAAGCUUCUUCCCACUCCCUGUCCUCAUCCUCUGAACACUCCCCCUCCCCCACACACACCACUGGAACCCCACUGCACACUGCCGUCUGACACAUCUGCAGCACCACCACACUUCCUGUCUGCCACACAAACACACACUUAUAUGCAUGUUCUAACCCAGUUACAGCAAAUGCGGAAGAGAACAAUGUUUACAACCUGAGGGAUUCAUUCAUUAUAACAGUUCUAGAUUUAUACAGAAACAUUUAGCAAAGUAAAGUGAUCUCAGAGUGUGAGGUUAAAAAAAUAUAUUUAAGAAAGAUUUAAAAGCUAAAGGUGCAAUCAGAGAGUGCAGAGUUCUACCCAGGCCAGCCUUCCACUCUUAAAUGAAAUGUGAUUUCUGCAGCAAAUUAGGCCGUGCUCCUCCUCUUUAAGUUUCAGGAAAAUCAGCUUGGUAAUGAAAACAUUUCCUCCUUUGUGGAGUUUACAAGACCUAACUGAAUUAUUUCCACUGACUUCCUCAGUUCAGAACAACCUGCUCCAUCUGUACUUAGAGGAAAUCAGUUUGUGUUCAUAAUUACAUUUGGACUCGAUCCUCGCUUCAGUGAUUUUAUUUUUGUAUGAGGAACUGUUCCAUGUUUCAGGGAUCUGACUGUAGACAGCUGACAGUCAUGUGAUGCAAAUAACUUCACUUUUUAAAUAAAAUAACUGCAUGCCCCUGACACUUUCGCUCUGCUUUGUCAGUGUUACAGAAAUGUUGAUUAAAGUAGAAUUAUUAUUGUUCUGUCCAAAGUUUGAACUGAGCUGUUUUCUGAACUGUUUUUUUUUUUUCCCAUUAAGGGCAGCUGUAAUAUUUUUCAAGUGGAAAAAUCAUUUUUAGAAAAAAGUAAUCACAAUGGCUGCAUGAAUCCCAGUCAAACAUUUACUUCAUGACACCUCCAGAUCCCAUCCCUUAUAUAAAAACAUUGUGAUCCUUCACCUGCCUCCCAUGUGCAGACACUGCCACAGCAGAGACCAAAACAGAUCAACAAUUGACAAUUACUGCCCCUUGUUUAUUAGAAUACAUUCCAGUUGGGAGCUAAUCAUUUUUCUGUUAAUUCAUUGGAUGAAUACGUGCUUUGAAAAUGGGAUGAAAGCCGCUUGUGUUUUCAGUCCAUGUUGUUUUGCUUCUCUGCAACAGUGAAAAACAAGUUGUCUUAUCUGUCAUUCAGUCUUUGUGGAUUCAGGAAAGAAAGCGCCACAUGAAUACAUUUUUACAAGAGUUAAAGUUUGGAUUUUUUAUCAAAUCUUGAAGGUUAAACCUGCAAAAGUGCUCCUUAUUAUUCACUGGAUUAUGGCCAGGAAAAUGUUCAGUGUUAUCUUUUGGUGAGUAUUUGUUAAAUAGGGAUGACAAAUAGAACAACAGUCAGUCCACAUUGAGAACCCUGUUACUGUUACCCAGCUAAUGUGUCAAACUGAACUCAGUUUUCUAAAUGUUUGUCAUACAGUCAAUAUAAUGGUAAGUUGAAUGUGUUCUGAGAGGUUUCAUUGCAGGCUUGGAUUAUGUUUCAGGAAGUUCAUUAACUUUUAAAUCCUGUAAAACUGCAGUUGAAAAACACUGUGUGCCACAAUGGUGUUAUUCUAAUUGAAUUAGUGUUUAAAUGAGCACACACCAGAUUUAACCCUCUCAACGCUCUGCCCUCUGUUAUUACUAUUUUUUGUGCUGAUGAUGUAUUUGUACAGUGUAAUAGCAGUCCUUUUAGUCAAAUGCAGUGUCCCCUACAAAGUCCAGUACCUACAUGUGGAAGCUUACGUGUAAAUGUGUUCUUUUUUUUUAUGUGAACAUCACAUUUAUCGACUUAUGUGAAGCUAAACACAAAACCUCGUAAUGAGCCAUAUUCACUUCUGACAUUCCAUUUAAAAAAUAAACCAGAAACAAUUCAGAA